AUGCAGAAUCCCAAGUUUCCUACCUACACCCCGGUUAAGAAAAAGAGGCUGGGGAAGAAUCCUAAUGUCGACACCAGCUUUCUUCCAGACUGGGAAAGAGAGGUAAAAGAAAAUCGCCUGAGGGAGGAGCUUAGACAGGAAUGGGAGCGGAAGCAGGAGAAAAUCAAAAGUGAAGAAAUUGAGAUCACUUUCAGUUACUGGGAUGGAGCUGGACACCGGAAAACAGUCAAGAUGAAGAAGGGCAAUUCUAUUGAGCAGUUUCUCCAAAGAGCCCUGGAGGUUCUGAGAAAAGACUUCAGAGAGUUAAGGUCUGAUAGAGUGGAGCAGCUCAUGUACAUUAAGGAGGACUUGAUCAUCCCCCAUGUAUCUGGUUUCUGA